CUGAGGCUGGAGGGGUUGGGGUAACAAUUUGGUCACCUCUGUGGCAGCUGUGUUAGUGACCUUAGUGGAGGUCCAUGAGAGUAUUACUUGGUUAAGCUACAACAGCCAUGGCAGUUGAAUUUGGGGACCAUUCCAGUGGCUUCCGCCAUAUUGAAGUAAUCAGAUUCAUUAACAAUGAGGUCCUUAUGAAUGGAGGGGGUCCAGAAUUCUAUAUGACCUUCCGCUCUCGGUCUUGGAAUGAGAUAGAAGACCAGCUUCAUACCAUCCUUGUUGACCCCAAAGUGCCACGCUCCCUCAAGAGGGCUUGUACCUGGAGCGCGUUGGCUUUGAGUGUGAGAGUGGCUGCCAGGCAGCGUGAGCAGCAGACACGUAGAGUUGGGAGGUUACAGGACCAGGUGGGAGAGCGUGAGACAGCUUCCUGGACUCUAGCCUCUGAACUACAGCGGUUGCGAGAGGAGAGGGACCAGGCAGCAGCUCAGCUUGUUUCUACACAGACUGCCCUACAAGAGGCAAUGGACGAGCGUGAAGUACUUCGCGGGAGGCUGCUCCAAGCAGAGAGGUCUGCAUUGGCUGAUGUACCUGAACCUAGAAUACGACAGUGUAGGGCAGCAGUGUGGUCCCUUGAGGAAGAGGUAGGAUCCAGAGAGGCCCAGAACACAGCCAAUUUGGCAGGCCAGAUGCCAAUCUCACCAAUCUUGUCUUAUUUGCCAGGACUUCCAGGUCCUUGGGUACAAGCAGUGCAUCCCUUUCUUCGAAUGCCUGUGCCACAUCCACUACCACUCAACUCGCAACUUCCCUUGGGAUCACCAUAUUCAACACCUGUACCAUGUCCAGUAGUGAUGGAAUCAGAAGCAACAACAACAGCCAUGACUGCAGUUAUACCUCAGAUGGCUCCUGCAGCAAUCUGCCCACCUGGCUUGUGGGUUACAUUGGGGUCCCAGGAAACAAUGGCUUCUGCUUGGGACCAAGUCUGCCACAGGCAGAAGGAAUGUUCUGAGUUCCUCCAGCAUGCAAGUCACCUGGGAGACAGUGUAAGCCACAGUGAAGAAGAAGGUCCACAGAAACCUCAAGGAACACCUCCCUAUGGGGACAGUAGCAAUAACAAACAUAAGGAAAGUCAUGUCGUAACCCAGGUGAUGGCUGCCACUGAGAAGAAAAAUCCAGGGAAGGACCAGGUAACAGCUGCACUGGAGGUGGACAGUAACCACAGCAUAAAGGAUGAAUCAGUAAUGCCCCAAGGCAUGGCUUCCCAGGAGAACCAUCCCAGCUGCACCCAGAAGAAAUAUCCAGGGAUUCCCAGGAAGGUGGUUGGCCUGAGAGACAGCAUCAACCAUAACACCAAAGAAGAUUCAGUAUCUCCCCAGGAAACAGCUGCCCAGGUCAAUAAAACUAGCCCCAUCCUGAAAAAAUAUCCAGGAAUUCUCCUGAGGAGGCCUGGCCUGGAAAGCAGCCUUAGCUAUAAACAGAAAGAAGAUCCAAAGGUAUCCCAGGAGACAGCUACCCUGGGAGAAGAUAACAGAAAUUGCAAACAGGAGGACAUGAUCACUUUUCAGCAGAUGAUACCCCAGGCUACUGGUCGAAGCCCUAGUGAGAGGAAAGAUCAGGUGAUGCCACAGGUGACUGGCAAGAGCCAGAACCAGAAGGAAGAGCCAAACAGAUUCCAAGCAAGCCCUCUAGGAAAAAGUAAAAGUUAUUGUGUGAAUAAAUGUCCCUCAAAACACCUGCCUCCAAAGCAAAAGAGCAAGCCACCUCAAGAGGCAAAGGCCUUUGAAUGCAAACCACCUCAAGGGCUGAAGGCCUUUGAAUCCAAGCCACCUCAAGAGGUAAUGGCCUUCGAAUCCAAGCCACCUCAAGGAGUAAAGGCCUUUGAAUCCAAGUCACCUCAAGGAGUAAAGGCCUUUGAAUCCAAGUCACCUCAAGGACUAAAGGCCUUUGAAUCCAAGCCACCUCAAGGGGUAAAGGCCUUUGAAUCCAAGUCACCUCAAGGGGUAAAGGCCUUUGAAUCCAAGUCACCUCAAGGAGUAAAAGCCUUUGAAUCCAAGCCACCUCAAGGGGUAAAGGCCCUAGAAUCCAAGCCCCCUCAAGGGGUAAAGGCCUUUGAAUACAAGCCACCUCAAGGGGUAAAGGCCUUUGAAUACAAGCCACCUAAAGGGGUAAAGGCCUUUGAAUCCAAACCACCUCAACAGGUAAAGGCCUUCGAAUCCAAGCCACCUCAAGGGGCCUUCGAAUCCAAGCCGCCUCAAAGGGCAAAAUCCUCUGAAGCCAAACAACACGAGAAAGCCUUCUCACACCGUACUGAAAUGAAUUGGGUGUGCCCAUCCUGUAAAGCUGUGAAUCGGUCAUGGUCCAGAGGCUGCUAUAAAUGUGCAAAAACAGGUGCUCAAUUUCAGAGGAAAUAUUUUGACCCCAAACCAACUUAUUGAUUUCAGGAAGAUGGUGGAGUUGGUACGGCUGUUCCCAAUUGUAUGACAUCCCUGAGAAGCUCAAGUUACGAAGCUUUUUAAUAAACUAUUCUUUCCUCUUCUCUUCCUAAUUUCCUUUUCCUAAAAGCAUGCAUUUAAUUGGAAGCAGCCAUAUGAUAUUACAAUUAAAAACAACACUUGUAACACCA